UUUCUUCACUUGCUUUCUUCUGAAGUACAAUUUUCUGCUUCUGAACUCUUUACACAUCAAAGAGAUGACUGCUCUUUUGUUCACUUCCAAGGCCAUCACUUGCCUUCUGCUCCUGACCAUCGCCGUUGGAUGUGCCCGCUCGGCAAGGACCCUCGAUGAGGUCGGCCCGCAACCUCAGACCUUCACCAGUCUUCCUGGAGCCACCAAUCCCGGCGGGUCACUUUUCCCCAACGUGGCUGGCCCCGCCAACACAUUACCAGGCGGAGGAGUCCCCCUCGCCGCCCCUGCCACAGAAGAUGAGAGCGCAGACGCUCCUCUCCCUGACGACGACACUGCCGGACCCGUCGCUGAUGUGGCCCCUGCAGCCCCAGUUGCACCCGAAGCUGAAGCACCUAGCAUUGUGGCACCAACUGGCACAAUUCCGGCACCAGGUGGGGCCACCGCCGCGGCUACUAACCCUGCUGUGGCGGCAAAUCCCGGUGCUGACCCUCAGUUAUCCUUCUUUAUGCAUGACAUAUUGGGCGGAUUGCACCCGUCGUCCAGAGUGGUGACGGGGAUUAUAGCCAAUUCCGGCGACAAUGCCCUCCCGUUCUCCAAGCCCAACAACAACAUUUUCCCAAUCAACGGCGGGGUCCCGUUGGUCAACGCCAACCUCAACGGACUGAUCAACAACAAUAACCUCCCUAGCCUCACUGGCCUCAACGGCGGGCAAGGGAGCACCAUAAUUCAGAACAGCGGCGACAACAACCAAGUCACAGGUGGCGACAACCAGCCGUUCAUCACCGCCGGGCAGCUCCCUGCUGGGGCCACGCUUCAGCAGCUCAUGUUUGGGACAAUCACGGUGAUCGACAACCAGUUGACUGAAGGGCACGAGUUGGGCUCCGCCGUACUUGGCCAGGCACAAGGAUUCUAUUUGUCUAGCUCCUUGGACGGGACCAGUCACACAAUGGCAGCGACGGUGUUGUUGCACGGCAGCGACCACGAAAUAGACGACACGAUCAGUUUCUUUGGGGUCCACCGCACAGCUUCACCAGUGUCUGAGGUCGCGAUUGUUGGCGGCACGGGAAAGUACGAGCACGCUAAAGGUUAUGCCGCUGUAGAGACCCUUCCUCAGGAAAAUCAGCACACAACAGAUGGAGUGGACACCAUUCUGCAUUUCAACGUUUUCUUCUCUGAGUAGGACGCCUUGUGUCGUCUGUUGGCGUGGUGGCUUGUCCUUAGUGUGUUUGAAUGUCUUGUUUUUUUUACAUGCAUCUAAAUCAAUGUUCUUAUUUCAAUGAAAUUCAGAUGAUUUACUCUUC